UAAAGAAUAACCGAAUACGAAUCUCUAUAUAAAUGACACACAAUCAGAAUAUAUAGCAAUGCUUAUAAAUUAUUUCACUGACUUCCCGACUUCGAAGACUCUCAGAUAACACAGUGCCUCAAUUUCGAAGAACCAAUAUUAUAAGAAGUUAAAGGAAGAUGAGUUACCAGUAUCCGCCUCCAGGAGGGUAUCCUCCACCACAAGGGGGCUAUCCACCGCAGGGAUACUCAUAUCCUCCUCCUCCUGCUUAUCCUUCUUCUGGAUAUCCUCCGCCUAAUUAUGCUUAUUCCGGUUCUUAUCCAUAUCAACAAGGGUAUCAUCAUGGAGGCACUGGAUACUAUGGGGGUCAACACCGUUUGGGUCUCCAUGGAAAUGGUGGUUACUACAAUCACGGUGGCUACUAUGGCCAUGGUCACGGUCAUGGCAAGUUCAAGCAUGGCAAGUUCGGAAAGCACGGUGGCAAGUUUAAGGGUUGGAAGUGAAACAUUCAUUAGAAAUACCCACAAAUGAUCUGUAUUACAUAAUGAUAACAGUACUGGCCUGAGCUUUCACCCUCGUCUUCACUGUUUCAUGCAUCACCACCCUACCCUACUGAUUGUUGCUUAAUAAAUUCUGUAAAAUAAGCCACAACACACCUUUGUAUGUGGCAUGACAUUUAGCUUCUUAUUAAUACAAAUCGCUGUUUGCCGUAA